UUAACCAAGUUCUACCAGUUGAGAUAUUCAUUUAAAAUAUUCAUCUAAAUAAUGUAAAGCAUCAUAAGGCUGUUGGUUUCCUUGUAAAUUUUCAGUCCUAAGUACACUUCGGCUGGUAGGGGUUGUGUAUCUUAACUUUCAGGUUAAUGUCUAUGUGUUUGGAUUAAUGAUAGUUUAGAUAGUUUGAAAGCAUAUAUUUUCGUCUUUCUUUGCUCAAAUUGUUUUGGACAUCAAUAAUUAAACUAAUAUGGAUUCCAAUUUUCCGACAUUACGAUUCAUGUCUUUCUCAGAAGAGAACAUAACCAGCUGGAUGAAUAACUGGCCAAUAAAACAUCGUCUAUCUGUUGCUAUCAUUAGCUUUUUUGGUAUCUUCUUUAACUUUCUGACAUUAAUUACUUUCUUCUGUCAAUGUAAGAAGAUCUUUAGGAAGGUUCAUUCGGUCUUUGCCAUAAACUUAUUUAUAUCUGAAAUCAUUAUUAACAUUUCAUCUUUCGUAUGGGUUUUUCUGCCAUAUCAUAAACGUCCAGAGCAUGUACAUCUUACUGUCCAAAGUUUCAUAUGGUUGGGUGUGUCUUUGGCAACAGUAGCUCUUCUAAUGAUGGUUGUUGAGCGAGUUUGUUUCGUUGUCUUUGCAAAGAGGAUGUUAGAACAAGGACAUAAUGCGCUUUUAUAUUGUUGCUUUGCUUGGUUUUUUUUCCUAGUUUAUGGCAUGCUUAUGGUAGACGAAGUUUUAGUGAGAUAUUUUACCAUCGUUAUCAUUUUUUACCUGUGUUCGUUCGUCCUAGUCAUUUGCUCUAUGUCAGUACAUAGAGUAACGAAGCAGCUGGAGAUCAAUGAGCAGCGUGUCACAGAGUUGAAUGGUGAAGGUAUUCAUGAUCUUACGGAAGUCGAGCAGUUGGAUCAGGCAUAUAGGUCUCACAGACGUGCCGUAAGACGGGAAUCUCGUCGAACGAAUACUGUAUUGAUCCUGGUGGUUAUCUUCCUUUUAACUGCGUUUCCCUACAUGAUUUUGAUGUUGGUUGUCGUACUGCUUGAGUUUGCCUGUGAAGGCUGUGGUUUUAACAAAAGUACAAACAAAGUUGCUAAAAUAUUAUUUCCUAUUGAAAUGCUGAACUUUGCCGUCACUCCACUUGUCUAUUUCUGGCAAAUGCCCAAGUUUCGUCAAAAGUGUGUGAGAAAUUUUGUUUCCUUCUUUAAUUUUGGAGAACAUUGGCAUUAACUUUUACUGAA